AUUGACCUGUUGCGGCCAGAGUUGCUGGUAGCAUGCAUGGUGGGGGCAGCAGUGGUGGUGGGAGGCGUGGCGAUGGCAGGAGGUGGAGUGACUCGGUGCACGGCCAUCGUUGUGAGGGAGGGGCGGAGACACCUGCACCACCGAGCCGAGGAGAAGCAGGCAUGCCCGAGGGCGCCCAUGGUGCUGGACGAUCUGUCUUGCUUCGAGGGUGCAGUGGCGGCUGUGCUGGCGCCCAUGGUGCUGGACGAUCCGUCUCGCUUCGUGGGUGCAGUGGCGGCUGUGAGCCUCAAGGAGCUGCUGCUGCCAGGGCUGCUCGCUGUCGCUGCUCCAAUCGCCAUGGGUAUGAUUGAUGUAGGGCAACGCAGGCAUCAUAGUGCGGUCAGUAGGCAAGGCCACCCUCCAGCCCUUGUUGGGAGCAAGGGCGGUGGCGGCGCUGCUGCUGCUGGCAGUGCUGGUGAUACUGCUGCUGGCAGCACUCUUCAACGGGGCUGGCAGUGCGUGGAGGGGCGCCAGAGACGUGGUGGAAGCAGGACACCUGGGGGUGGUGCUGGUAACCCUGCUGCUUGCACCCUCCCUCUUCACCUUCCCUACCUCUCCCUCUCCCUUCUCUCCCCUCUCCCCUCCUCCCACCCCCUAUCACUCACAGGCAUCAUAGUGCGGUCAGUGGGAAAAGCCACCCAGCAGCCCCUCUUGGGAGCAAGGGCGGUGGCAGCGCUGCUGCUGGUGGCGGUGCUGGUGACGCUGCUGCUGGCGGCACUCUUCAACGGGGCUGGCAGUGCGUGGAGGGGUGCAAGGGACGUGGUGGAAGCAGGGCACCUGGGAGGGCCGGGAAGUGAAGCACACAAAGCCACUAUCACUGGCGACACGGACACGUACAUCAAGGCAGAGCCGGGGGAAAGUCCCAAUGACAGGAACGACAGAGCCAUCCGGGUGGCAGCGCAGUGGUACCAGCAGCACCUGGGCGGCAAAGUGCCGGUCGUGCUCAUAACAGACGAUAAAGCCAACCUGGCAAAGGCGGUGGCAGGCGGCACAAAGGCCAUGAGAGUGCGAGAGUAUGUGGCAUCGCUAGGGAGUGUGGAGCUUAUGGAUUUGGUGGUUAGCGCGGGGGAUGGGGAGGAGGGCGAGGGAGGGGAGGGAGGAGCAGGAGGGGAGGGGGAUAAGGCGGCAAGGGAGGAGGAGAACCGAGGGCUUCGGACAAAUUUGUCUCGCAGCAAGAGGAAGAGAAUCUACUCUGAUCACAAGCCCAUGUCAGUCAUAACGGCGGGGCUGCAGCGCGGGCUGUACCACCAGGGCAAGCUACGAGUGAGCCGCUACAACUGCUUCGAGGCGUUUGUGGGGUCGGAGUCACUAGGGGACGAGAUCCUCGUUAUAGGCAGAUGCGAUAUGAACCGCGCAGUGGACGGGGAUGUGGUGGCGGUGGAGCUGCUGCCGCGGGAGCAGUGGAAGGAGCCGACCAGUGGGGCGCUGAGGGAGAGGGAGGAUGACCAUGACGAUGCUGCUGGUGAGUUGGGAGGAUGGGAUGGGAUAGGCUCGUGCGUCUCGAUUGUGCAGUUUUGGAGCCCUGCACCGCACUCUUUCCGAGUCUGCUUUGGAGCCCUGCACCGCACUCUUUCCGAGUCUGCUUUGGAGCCCUGCACCGCAAUCUUUCCGAGUCUGUUUUGGGUGGACGGGGAUGUGGUGGCGGUGGAGUUGCUGCCGUGGGAGCAGUGGAAGGAGCCGACUAGUGGGGCGCUGAGGAAGAGGGAGGACGAUCAAGUACCUCUCUCCACUCCCCCUACCCCUCUCCCUUCCCCUUUUUCCCUCCCCCUCCCCAUUCGCCCUCCCCAAUACCCACUCCUACUGCCCACAUUCCUCUCGUGUAUCCUUACAGCGGAGGAACAGGGAGAGGAGGAAUCGGUAGGUCUGCCCCCCGCUUCAGCAGACGAUGCGCCUUCCACUCUCUCCUCUGCUGCUGCUGCGCUCUCCCUGGACAAGGGGGGGGACGGCAAGGGGGAGGGGGGUGGCGGAGGAGGGGGGAAGGAGGGGGGAGGGGGAGACGAGAGAAAGGGGCCGUCAGAACUGGCAAGGCCAACGGGGCGGGUGGUGGGGGUAAUCAAACGCAACUGGCGCACCUAUGCAGGGUCGCUAGCCCCCAUGCGCACGCCCCCAGCGUCAGGAGGGGCGCUGGUCCGUGCCCUCUUUGUCGCUGCCGACCGCAGGGUGCCGCGCAUCCGCGUGGAGACAAGGCAGGCCGCCCAGCUGAUGGGCAAGCGAAUCCUGGUGGCGAUUGACAGCUGGCAGCCCGACAGCGCGUUCCCGUCGGGGCACUAUGUGAAGACGCUGGGUGAUAUCGGCGACAGGGAGACGGAGAGCGAGCUUCUCCUCAUGGAGAAUGACAUUGACGCACGCCCCUUCUCACAGCAAGUGCUCGCGUGCCUGCCGCCGCUGCCGUGGUCUGUAUCUCCUUUAGACGUCACAGACCCGCGCACCAAGAGGGAGGACCUGCGCCACGUGCGCGUGUUCAGUGUCGACCCCAUCGGGUGUCGGGAUAUCGACGAUGCUCUGCACUGCGUGCCGCUACCCAAUGGCAACUUUGACGUUGGCGUUCACAUAGCGGAUGUGACCAACUUUGUGCUACCGGGCACGCCACUAGACGUGGAGGCAUCGCAGCGAGGGACAUCCGUGUAUCUCGUGGAACGACGCAUUGACAUGCUGCCCAAGCCGCUCACUGAAGACAUCUGCUCUCUGCGAGGCGGUGUGGAGCGACUCGCAUUCUCCUGUAUCUGGGAGAUGACCCCUGAGGCAGAGAUCAUAUCGGUGCGCUUCACCAAGAGCGUGAUCAAAUCUGCCGCUGCACUGUCCUAUGUGGAGGCACAGGCGCGCAUGGAUGAUGAGCGCAUGCAUGAUGACCUCACAAGGGACCUUCGCAACCUCAACCGCCUUGCCAAGGUGAUGAGGCAGCGGCGCAUAGACAGGGGAGCGCUCACCCUGGCAUCACCGGAAGUGAAGUUUGAGAUCGACACCGAGACACACGACCCUCUUGACGUUGGCAUGUACCUGGUGCGGGAGGCCAAUCACAUGAUCGAGGAGUUCAUGCUGGCAGCCAAUGUGUCCGUAGCUGAGAAGAUUCUCCAGCGCUUCGCCUCCUGCUCCCUGCUCAGGCGGCACCCCACCCCGUCACCCAACAUGUUCGAGCCGCUGCUGCGAACAGCAGAGGCGGUGGGGAUUGCUGUUGACACCUCGUCCUCAAAGAAUCUCGCUGACUCGCUUGACCGCGCUGUGGGCCCUGAUCCCUACUUCAACAAGCUUAUCCGCAUCCUCACCACUCGCUGCAUGACUCAGGCGGUGUAUUUCCCCAGCGGCCAGCUGGCCCCUGCAGAGUACCACCACUACGGCCUCGCAGCCCCCAUCUAUACCCACUUCACCUCACCCAUUCGCCGAUACGCUGAUGUGGUGGUGCAUCGCCUGCUAGCCGCAGCCAUUGGGUUGACGCCUCUGCCGGAUCAGACCAAGGAUAAGAGUGCACUCACUGCCCUCACCGAUAACCUCAACUAUCGCAACCGCAAUGCUCAGAUGGCCGGGCGGGCAUCGGUGGAGCUUCACACGCUCAUCUUCUUCCGCACUCGCCCAACGGAUGCGGAGGGUCGGAUUGUGAUGGUUCGCUCCAAUGGGCUCAUUGUCUUCGUGCCCAAGUAUGGCAUAGAAGGGCCAGUCUACCUUGUACCCAAGGAACCUCCCAAGGGGAAAGCUGCUGCUGUUGCCGCUGCCAACAAGCUGGAUGGGAAUGCACCGUCAAGUGACUGGGUGGUGGAUGAGAAGUCGCAGACGGUGGAGUCGAAAGACGGAAAGCGGCGAUUCAAGGUGUUGGACACGGUGACUGUGCACAUUGAGCCAUCCAGUGCAAGCCGCGAAUCAGUUUGGCGCAACCUGAACCGCGCAUGGCGCAACGGCGGAGAUAAUUCGCACCUCGCAGCUCCCUCCAGGGAAAACUCCGGCAAAUUCGCGACGCCAGCAUCCGACGGUUCCGCCGUUUACAUCGUUCGCUUGAGCUCCGCGCCUCCCCUUUCCGAAUACCGCGGCGGAAUCGCGGGCUACCCCGCGACGGCCACGUGGGACGACGGCAGCGACGAGGAGGACAGCGACGCCGUUCCGCAGAUGAUUCUCUCCGAAGGCGAUUCCGCCGCCUCCGUUGGCGGUGAAUCCGUCGAUUUGGACGACACGGACGGCGACCACUUCUUUCCAAACGGAACUGUGCCCACGCCACCCCCAAACGCCUCAUCUGACGCCGCCGCCACUCCCAGCGCUCGCGGCGGUCGCGGUGGUAGCAAUAACGGCGGUCGUAACGGCGGCGGCGGGUGCCCGAGGCACCGGCUGAGUCUGAGCAUGGACCGCCCCCAGGUGGCAGCGUUCGCGGGGCUGUUGCAGCGGCAGCAGGCGCAGGUGGCAUCUGAGGCGGGCGUACCCGAGGACGGGCUGCUCUACAGCUACAAGCACACGUCCAACGGCUUCGCCGCGCGCCUCACGCCGUACCAGGUGUGGCGGCUGCGGCGCCACCCCGCCGUUGCGUCCGUCCGCGCCAGCCGCGUGUUCCGCCGGCAGACCAGCGACUCGCCGCAGUUCCUGGGGCUGCCCGGGAAGGUGUGGCCGGCAAUGGGCGGGCAGAGCAAGGCGGGCGAGGGCACGGUGGUGGGAAUCGUGGAUACGGGUAUCUGGCCCGAACACCCGUCCUUCAGCGAUAAGGGCCUCUCCUCGCAGCUGCCCGCGGGGUGGAAGGGCAAGUGCGAGCAGUCGAGCUCGUUCCGGUGCAACAACAAGGUGAUUGGCGCCAAGGCCUUCUAUGCCGGCUUCCAGCAGGAGAUCGACAGCCCUGUGUUGACAAAUGACUGGCUCUCGCCGCGAGAUGCGGACGGCCAUGGCACGUGGUGCGCGGGGGCAGCCGCGGGGAACCCCGUGAAGGUGAAGGGCGGCGGGCAGGUGAGCGGCAUGGCGCCGGCAGCGCGCAUUGCAGUGUACAAGAUAUUUUGGACGGACAGGAACGGGGACAUAUACGGGUCGGAGUCAGAUAUCAUCGCGGCCGUCAAUCAGGGCGUGGCGGACGGUGUGGAUGUGUUGUCGCUGUCUCUUGGGGCCGUGAAUUCCUACGACGACUAUUUCACCGAUCUCGCUUACUUGCGCGCCAAUGCUGCCGGGGUGUUUGUCGCCUAUGCUGCCGGCAACGACGGGCCUCCUGGGAGUACCGGUGGUAACAAUUAUCGCACACUUGACAACUUCGCACCUUUCUAUCUCACCGUUGGCGCCAGCACCAUCGCCCGAGGCGGCGCCUCCCUCGCCUCCUCCACUGCCGGCGCUCAGUCGCUCACUCUUGGUGCCAACACCAGCAGCAACGGCACGGACGGCACCGUUCUGACUGCUGAUGGCGGGAUCACCUUCACCUCCUCCUCCUCCUCCGCCCCGGUGGUGGCUGACUUCUCUUCCCGCGGCCCCCUGCUGCAGCCAUCCGCCACGGCCCAGCCGCCCAAGCCAGGCAACGCUAUCCUGAAGCCCGACAUCAUCGGCCCCGGAGUCGACCUCGUAGCCGCCGCUCCCGGCAAGAAACCCGGCGAAACCGGCGGCCUCGCCCGCAUGUCGGGCACUUCCAUGGCCACCCCGCAUUUAGCCGGGCUAGCCGCUUUAAUCAUCCAGAAGCACCCCAACUGGACCCCGGCGCAGGUGAUGUCAGCGCUGAUGACGACGGCGCGGGUGACGGACACGAGCAAGAGCCCGAUCAAGAGUGCGACGGGCGGGGAGGCCACCCCGUGGGAGAUGGGCGCAGGCCACGUGUUCCCCCCCGCCAUGCUCGACCCCGGGCUUACCUACGAUGCCCGCGACCGCGACUACCAGAAUUUCCUCGCCGGGCAGGACCUCAACCGCACGAAAAAGGAGUUCCCAGGGGUGGCGCUCUCUCCUCUGGCUGUUCGGAACCUCAACCUGCCCACCAUCACUCUGCCUCGCCUGCAGGGCUCCCUUCAGGUCACACGCACCGUCACCAACGUGGGGCAGUCCCGGUCCACAUACAGCGUAUCUGGGAAGCCCCCGCAGGGCGUGAAGGUGACUGUGGGGCCGAGAAGCCUCACGCUGGCUCCCGGGGAGAAGAAAAGCUACACAGUGACGUUUACUGUGGAUACACCCAGUAAUGAAUUCAAGUAUGGGUAUCUAGUAUGGGCCGACGACCAGGGCCACAGCGUGCGUUCCCCCCUCGUGGUGCAGCCCAUCUCCCGCUGA